UAUCGUUCGAGCAGAAGUGUGUGCGGUCGAAUAUAGAGCGACGAGUACGACACCGCGAGUAGGAGACACUGUGUGGAUUUUGAACUGUGUUUUGUGUCGCUCGUUCAAAAGGUGCGUCACUUGGUCGUUUCUAACCUACAAACGUCGAGAUGGCCGAGUCGGAACAAGAUUUUGGCGAUCGCAGCGAUAAUGACACUCUGAAGCCGGACAAGUUAUUUAUCCUAAAGAAAUGGAACGCCGUGGCCAUGUGGAGCUGGGACGUGGAGUGUGACACCUGCGCAAUUUGUCGAGUUCAAGUAAUGGACGCGUGUCUUCGGUGCCAAGCGGAGAGCAAGAAGGACUUCUACGGUCGACAGCAGGACUGUGUGGUCGUCUGGGGGGAGUGCAACCAUUCGUUUCACUAUUGCUGCAUGUCCCUUUGGGUGAAACAGAACAAUCGUUGCCCAUUGUGCCAACAAGAGUGGUCCAUUCAACGAAUGGGAAAAUAACCGAACCUCCUGCCCACCCAUCCUCUCCCACACGGUUCAUUUUUAUCCUCCACCUUCGGAUCCUAUACUCGGAAUUCUUACAAGUUUCGAUACAGCGGUGUCGUAACUUCGUUCAUCCCUAUAGAUAAAUGAACCGAAACGCAAAAGUGCGUAUUUUCGAUAUUACCAUUAAAAGGAAAUUUAUUCGCAGCCCAAUCGACCCUUUAUUCCGACCUAUAGUCCAGGACAAAGUGUUGGGAUAUUUGAAACACAGCGAAUCCUGGCUGGGACUCGCGAAAAUUUUCUAAAAGUCGCGUAGUUAUACCCACCACGUCCUAGAAUCGGUGGAAACAGUUAAUAUCUAUUACGAGAAGUGUAGCACAGUAGUUAUUUCAUUGAACGCGAUCAACAAUAGAAACUUGAAAAUUUUGUUCCAAUAGUCGUCGAGUUAGGUCUGGCUUGGGUCUGGUAAAGUGCUUAGUUUUCGUUGGAGUGACAGAAAGGAAAGUGAAGUAAUUCCAAUAGAGAUAAUGCUAAGACAUUGAUACGGUUUGUAUCGUGUUAAUAUUUACUGAUACUCUCCUUUCCAUCGCGAGGCAUCUUUUAAUCAUUUGAGAGUUAUCUUAUACGAUCUUUUAAUGCCUCUUUAUCUCUUUAUCUAUUAGGAACUGAUCGGUGGCAGGAUCUGUGUCCAGACAGUUUCAAUUAGGAUUGACACCGUUAAAUAGUGGUAAUUUUAACGUCUCUUCCGAAACAGUCCAACACUGACGCGCCGUCGCCUGCUGGUGUAAUUAUUUCAAUUAACGCUAAACAACAAAAUCAUUUCAUGCGUUUUUUUUUUAUCAUUUUGACCGGGCAAAUUCAGGUUUACGUUUUCUACAGUUUACAUUUUUUUUUUUAUACAUUUGGAAUAUACCAUACACGAAUGAUGUUUAGCGUACAUAUUUUGUUGAUCAUGUACAAUAUAUAAAGUGUGGAAAAUGUGCAUUCUCUUCUCCCACUUUUACAAAACAUUUGAUUAUACGGUGCCCAGUCAUUUUGUCCUGAACUGUAUCCGAUCAGCUGAAUUAUCACUUCAACAUUUCGCGUAAAUGAAAACUUUCCAGUCGUGAAAGGGAUCCCGUGAUCAAAGGAGGGGAUAUCCGUUACGAAAGCGAUUAAUUAGAUAAUUAUUGGAAUUUUUUUUAACGAUAACUUGACGGAAUUCAAAUGAGAAUUUCUCGCACAAACAUGUUUGUUCACCUUUAAAUGUACCGUCCGAAUUUCGUUGACAUAUAAAUAUUUGACACGUCGUUUCAAGUUGUAAGGCACCAGUUGUCCAAGUGAAGAUGUUUUUAUUUUACUAUCGACAGCUAUGUCACAAAUAGGAAAUUAACGAAACAAACAAAGUAUUAAAGUAUAUCAGCAAGGUUAUCGCUCCCGCCCGAAUAAAUAAUCAAAAUUGUAAUUUAACGAAAUCUCAGCAGCUUAAAAUAGAAGUCUCGAUAUUAUCGCAAAUCUUUUUAAUUUUGGUAAGCUGCAAGAAAUAACAGAUUUAAAGAUACCGAUUUAAUCCUAGUCCUUCGUUUUGCAUACAGAAUAUCGAUUGAAUCGAUUUAGUAAUUCCUAGAUAUCCCAUCGACAGUACCUAGAAGUAUUAAAUUGACAAAAACAACUGCAAAGAUUCUAGACAUUCAAGACCGAUCACUUAGCACGCGAGUCGGAACUUAGGGCAAUGACACCAUACAUCCGUAUACUUAUUUUUCCAUUUCUUAAUUUUCUUUUUUCCCUCGCUUACGAAUUUCGUAACGCAUGCAGAAUACCUAACCUUACCCGAGCUCGAUAACUGCAAUCGAUCAAGUUUAAACAAUGCAACGAGCAACGUCAUGAAUUCCUACAUUAUAAUCCCGGGGCACAAAGAUGGCAUCUGCGCUCGCGUUAUCGUUCGAUUGCACGAUAUUCCAUCGAUACUUAGGAUUAUCAUUGCGGAUUAGGUUAUGUCAUUGAUAAAUUUCAGAUAGCGGAUAAGUAUUAACGGAGGGGAAAGGUCGACAUCCAAGCAUCGCGUUCGAGUACCUUUAAUCGAAACGACAUUCGGCCGACAGUUGCUCUUGGCUCGUGUUUCGAAUACUUUGAAAUCAUUGCAUCAUUCGCAUGGACCGUUUUGUGGGGAAGGGGGGCGAUGCGUCUCCACGGAAACCGCAUAGAAUCGAUGACGAUAGAUAGGUGCACGUUAGCUCUGCACUGCUGAUACUAGUGUGUCAUUUGACCCUUGAAGAAGUCGGAUAUCAACCAUCGGUAGUACAAUAUUUUGUCAGGUGUGGCCCACGACCACAAGAGAGUUAACAGGUGUAUCAUCGUCGAAAAACGAAUCGACUACUUCGAGACAGUUAUGAGUUUAUUAAAUCUAUUCUUGCAUGCCCGAUUCUGACGAGCUGAUUCAUUGUUUUCUUCCUUGUUCGCGAUAAAAGCAACUCUUUUACUGCCACUUAUAUCCGACAGUGUUUUUGUACCUCAAUUAUUGGAGACUAUUAAUACAUAUCUGCUAAUUACAAAGAAUUGAUUCGGACAAAACGUCCACUUUACAGAAGCAGGAAAUGUAGUCGACAGUUACAACCGGGUAUCAUCCGACCAUCUGGAAGAUAUGUUAAUUUUAACCUUAUUACCAUGAAUGGUAAUGAGUCUAAUAAUGAACAGAGAUAAACUCGCUACUUCGUUACUGAUUAAUAUUUUCUUUCGCAACGUCUCGUUCUAUAUAAAUUUACAUGUCUAAUUCAGCGACUAAAAAGUAUAGCUGACGAUCAGGAGAACGAUUAUUCGAAUCUAGAGCUAUCGGUUGGUAACUAGAAAGACUGUAAUCGAUUCGAAAAUUGAUUUUUUCAUAAGAAUCGAGCAUCUCUACACGCGAACGGCACGUAACGCUAUCCGAAUGCUCGAAGGUCGCGCCUUUCUUCUCCUCUCACAUCCUACCGUGCCCACCAUUCCCUCCUCGUCAGUCUCGUUUCUUCCUUUUGCUUUUCUUUCCCCCUGUCUGUCUGCUUUCGUCGUUGGUGGCGUUACGUGUCGUCACGAGCUCGGAGGCUCGGCUGGAGGCUCGACCAAUCGGGUCGUAGAAGGGCAAAACAACGCCCUGUUUAUUUAUGACCUCGCAACGCUGCCCCUUCUGACGUCUCUUCUCUCUCUUUUUCUCUAUACAUCGACGCUCUACCCUCUCUUUCUUCGGACCCCCAUCUAACAUUCCCUUCCCCACCCUCGCCUUAUAUAUCUACCCUCUUCACCUCCCAUCCGACAGUCUUCCUUCUUCCUCCUUUGCGGACUUUGCUAUGCUGCUCUUGCAUGUAUUUUAACGUUCACACACAUCGUGAUCUCAACAGCGACUGUGUAUCGUUUUUAGACCUAUUUUUUUUUUUGACGUUAACGAGUUUGUAAUCAGUCGACCAAUUAGAAUGAAAAUAACGAUAUAUUUGCAUUUUCUCGCAAUUAGAAGUUAUAUUUACAACCAACGGCGGAUCUAGGCUAAUCAGGACCUGAAAUUCGAUUACUUCGAGGGUUCGUAACACUUCUAAAAGGUUUUACGAAACUAUCUUUACAUUGUCGUUACUUGAAAUUUUAAAGUAUUCCAAAAUUUAGACAACCGCGAACACUUUUAUUAACUCAAACCACGACAUUUUUCAAGAACGAACGAAACUUGUCUUCCAUAUUCUCGAAUAACGGUUGAAUUAAAAAGAUGAAGGCACCCAAAAUUCAUCUAGGGUCAAAGCAUAUCGUUAGUUUCGCGGUAGGCCCGCCCCUGGUCAAGAUCGCGGCAACGAUACCACAACGUUAUUACAAUUAUUAUCCCGCCAUUCCUUUUUUUUUUUUUUUUUUUGUUCGAGCGAAAUCGAUUUUCUCUUACAUAAAGCUCACGCGAAGUAUGGCCGGACGAGAACUGCCAUGUUUGUUAUUCAAGGAUAACUCACGAUAUGAGGGAGGGGUACGUAGAUUAUAAUUAUUUAAUUAGUUAGGUUAGACGAGAAUCAUCGCAACGGACAAGGUUAAAUGAAACAUCUUGAAAGUAGCCGAUUUUACGUAUACAUGUACAUGUACAUAUCGAGUUCUCGUUGAGAACGAAAAUAACGGUUAGGCACCAAUCCGAAAUGACGCAACAACACCCGCAAAUUCGUUCGUCACGCUUCUAUCGAAAGCUGGGCUCUCCACGAGUCGAGGUCACUUUGAGUCGAGCCUCCACGUACGCCGUCUUUUCAUUGGUUCUGCUCGCGUAAAGCAAUCAGAGAGUAUACAAUCUAGAUUUAUGAUCUUCAGUUCGUAUCAUUUUGUCCUAUGAUACGCAUUCUACUGGCUUAUGACCUCUUAGAUCACUAUCUUUCAAAGUUGAAGGGAGGGGAUUGUAAAAUAAGACUAGAUUGGGCAGAGUUUUCAAUAUUACGAUCUUUGAGGUUAUAAAUCCUCGAGAAGAAUAUUAAAAGAGUCAAUUAGUCUACGAAGGAUUAAACCCACGAAGGGAUUGCAUCAUUUAAAAAAUAAAAAUGUUCUUUCUCUUUAAGGGUGCCUUCUAAAAAGUUUGGGAACCACUGCGCUUGAACGUUAAAUAGGCAUUUAUUACGAACUGCAUCGAUAAACGUAAUUAUCUCCUUUCUUACGUAGAACGUUUCAUAUCUUGCUUCACGAUUUCUCCCUAUGAUGUGACGCAUGAAUUCGUCGGGUUUCACGACACCAAGCUGUACGGUGCCACACAGACGUGUUUCUCAGAAUGAAUACGUGCAGUUGGCCAGGAACGCUGUCCAUGCCGGCAUGCACGCGUUCACGCACGCAUACUUGUACCACCAGACACGAGAUCGGGUUGGUUUUUUUCCUUUCGCCUUCGGAUCCACACGUUCGGUCCAAUUCCCAUAGAAACAACUAUCCAGUUCAACUAAUACGCUUUCUUUAACAUUUUAAAGACUUCUUGAUAUUUAUUUCCAAUCUAAAGAAAACAUUCUUAUUGAAAUGUAAAAGUGAUUCUGGUAUGCGUUUUUACGAGACAUUUGUAUCGAUAGUCGUGUCGUUAUCUGUUACAAUAGGUCUAUUUUAAAUCUAUUCGUACAAAUAAUGGACACUAUAAUAGAAUUUCUACCGUUGCAAAAAUUUAUGAAUUCUAGUUAUUCGCAUUGUUUUUAAAUCUGUCGACAAAUUGAAGACGAAGUAUUUCUCUGAAAAUUCUAACAAUUUUAAUCUCUCGCGAACUAUGUCGUUGACAUGCGUUUCGUUGCGAAUCCUCCUCCGUUGUUGCGUUAGAGAUGCCAGAAAAAAUGAUUCAGCAAUGUUUCGCGUCGGAAAAUCUCGAAUUGCGUUAAUUUUGAUCGAGGAAAUAUGUAACUCCUUCGCGGAAAGAUAAACGCUGAAAACGUAAAGCAUGCGACACGGUUUCUCUUCUUCGUAACGCGAUUAAUAAAAAAAAAUGACGAUUAAAUUGACCGAGAAACGUCAGUGGCGCCGAUAAUCUGGCAUAACGCGAAGGACACUCCGGUCAAAUGGGGGCUCGUCAGGUUCCACCAAUCGGGUGACGGCAUUUUACAGUGCCUUUCUAUCCGAGUGAUAUACGUAUGUGUACGUACGGGAUUGCAUAGUACUAGCGCCACUCGUGAUUAGAAGGCAAGGUAUUAUCAACUCGAUUCUGUACCGGUUUUCAUGUUUCUUCUUUAGAAUUCUUAGCAUACGUCGAUGGAACGUUUCUUGCGUCAUUUUGUAGAACGCAAAAUUGUUGAGACGUGCUUCGACGUAAACACGUGUAUAUGAAGCUAAUAAACAUUGAUGCACGAUCUCUUCUAUA